AUGUCAAUCAUUGCGAACAUGGCAUCCCCGGCAGGAGCAUCACAAAACAGUCCCGCCGGGGAAUCACUCAUCCCGGAAGCCGCCGCGGCCGCCGCACCGCUCUGCACAUCUUGCGCCUACCCAGCACGCUACGUCUAUACGACUUACACGAGCCGUUCCAACAUUCGCCUGAGUGUUUGUCCUCGAUGCGGCGAUUUCGUUGAUCCGCUCAUUGAAGCACCUCCGCUUUUGCUGGUCCUCGACCUCGUGCUCCUCAAACCUCGUGUCUUCCUUCACCUCCUGUACAACCGUGGCAGUCCACCCUUUGACGCGCGGGGCGUCAUCACCGACUCUCCACCACAACAUGGAGGAUAUGACAGGGCGGCGGGCCUGCGCGCCGACCUCGUGCGUCUCGGUGCGGCCACUCUCGCCGCCGAGGCCGCUUCGCGCCUCGCUGACCGGCCGGAACUAGGUGUCCUCCGGGUAGCACUGGUCGCGGCUCUCGAGCUCACCGCCCAGCUCAUAACGUCCACCACGGUCACUCUCGCCAUCCUCCACCUCCGCGGCUGGUAUCCCCCGACCAGCAAAGGUAUCAGCGACGGCCGGCGUGACGGCUUCCGCCCCAUCCUCGUCCCUCUCGUGCUGCUGUACACUGCGCUGCUGCCGCUCGUUCUCGGCCUCGUGUUGAGGAUCUGGUAUACGCCGACGUACUCGGACCCCGAGUUUGGAUUCACCGGGCUCCUGGCUGCACAUUCGCCUGGUGUAGCCGCCGAGGUUGCCGCUCUUGCAAAGGCGUGGGGACACACAGACCGGGUUUGGGCCGGUACACGCCUGCUCGGGGGAAUGAGUGCGGGCUUUGGGCUGCGGGUGUUGCUGCCCACCCGGCCUUUGGAGACUAAGGUUGUGAACGCCAGCGUUGCCGUUGACGGCAAGACAAUCUCGCAGAUCGGGCGCGGGCUCAUGAUCCUUGUCGGCAUCAACCGCGAUGACACAAACGAGGACCGCGACUGGAUCAUCAAGAAGGUCCUCGCGGCCAAGCUGUGGGACGGCGAUGACGCUUGGCGGAAUAGCGUCACGGAGAUUGAGGGCGAGGUGCUGUGUGUCUCGCAGUUCACCCUCUUCGCCAACUUCAAAGGCGCGCGGCCAGACUUCCAUGACUCGAUGUCGACGAUCCCUGGCAAAGCGAUGUACACCUCAUUCCUCGAGAAGAUUGGAGCCGCGUACCGGCCCGACCGGAUCAAGGACGGCGAGUUCGGUGCAAUGAUGGCCGUGUCCCUCACUAACGACGGGCCGGUCACGAUCAUCUUCGACAGCAAGGACCGGCAGGGGUCGCGUCGUUCCGCGUCAGCCUCAGGGGCCAGCACGCCGAGGCAGCCCCAGCCACCGCCCAAGGGCAGUGCGGCGGCCGAGGAGAUCGCCAAGGCGAAGAUGGCGGCCAAGAAGGCCAAGAAAGCCGAGUGGGAAGCGCGUAAGGCGCGCGGCGAGAUUCCGGCCAAGGGUGCGUUUGCGCGUGGUGAGAUUCCCGCCGCAAACAAGCUGGAGGAGAAACUGGUCAAUUUGUCGGUUAGCGAGCAGUAG